AUGCCUUUCUUUGGUGGCCGCCGUGAACCCACACCCGAGCCCGUCCGGGAACCCACCCCUCCUCCCCCCCAAGAGCCCCGCCGCGGCUUCUUCGGUUCCCGCCGAGAACCCUCUCCGGAGCCCGUCCUGCACCAGCCGGUCGCCGAGCACCCACAGCGCAAACACGGCCUCUUCUCUCGCCGCGACCCCUCUCCCACACCUACAACUCGCACCUCCGCCACGACCGCCACCUCCCGCUCCUCCUUGUCCUCAACGACGUACCACACCAGCCCGGAUGGCCACCACAGCAACGGCGGCGGCGGCCUCUUCCGGCGCUCCACGGAUGCGUCCUCCGGCCGUCGCGGGCUGCUUCACAAGUUCGGUGGUCACAACGUCGAGAUGGAUCCCAGCAUCGUCACUGCGCGCGAGCGGGUUAUGGGCGCCGAGGCAGCCGAGAAGGAGGCCGACCGCGCGCUCCAAGCGGCGAGGGAAAGUGUUGCCGCUGCUAGGGCCGAUGUCCGCAGGCUCGAGGAGGAGGCCAAGGAGGAGGCUAGAAGGGCCAAGAUCAAGCAGUACCACGCCCGCGAGGUGUCCAAGCGCGGCAAGGCUCUCGGUCGCCACGGCGACUUGUAA